AAGUCGUAUGCAAGGCGCUCAUCACCAUAGACGUACGGCUAAACACGUUGUACCACUUUAACAGAAAAUGUAAAAGGCUCUUGUUCCAAAGACACAACUACUGGUUCUAUUUUAUGCCGCCUGUUCGACCUUCUGGUAUCCCUCGUACAUAUAGUUCAACCCGUAACGGAAGCACUGUUAAAAGACGUAAUAGAUUGAAGAGGAAGUUACAAACUCCGUUUUGGGGGUUAUGUAUCCGAGUUAGAUCAUACUUCACACUAUCUGGCACAUAACCAGUUAAGCUCUGUAGCUAAAACAGGAAGAGGCCUUUUCCUUUUUCACCCCGUGUUAGUUUGUUCUCGGUCUGGAUUUUCAACAUAGAGUUAAAGCUGAGGCUCAUAGAAGCUGGCUGAACCUUCCAAGUCGAAAACCCCACAUACCUGGUUAAUGAUUAGCUUAACCAGCUCGCGUCAAAUACGCUCAACGUAAAC